AUGUAUGCCGACGACAUACAGCUGCAUAUGAGCUCCUCGCCGGAGAGGCUGAUCAAUGGCAAUCCCUGGUGGUUGAUAUGCAUCGUUCAGCUCGGAUAUGAUAGGGCUAUCCAUUGCUUGUGCGGCAGUUUUAGCAACUCUUGGCGACGGUUAUUGCGCAACCCAUUGCGUUAUAAUCGUCCAGAAGAUUUGUUUCUUGUUCUUGUUGCUUGCCUUUUGGCCUUCGCCUAUGCCAAUGAAGAGGCUGAAGUCAUCAAGGAGUACUCUGAGGUCAAUCCUGAAGAUUUCAAAUAUGGUCUUGAAUUGAGCAACAGCAUUCGUGCCGAACAAGAUGGUCAUUUGCAAGGUGAAGACAACUGGGUGGUUAAGGGUGAAUACGAAUAUGUUUCCAAGGAAGGCAAACGCAUUAAGGUGACCUACACUGCCGAUGAGUCUGGCUAUCAUCCAAAAGUAGAACAGGUUUAA